AUGUUUGAUGAUAUCCCACCCUUAGAUGACCCUACCCACCACCCCGAGCCCUAUCCCCAGAACCCGACCCAGGUGACCCCUCAGCUGGCCCCCGCCGCCAACCAUGGCUACUUCCCGUAUAUGAUGCCUCCCCAGGAGCCCGAGCCCGUGUUUGACCCCCCGCUGCUGCUGUACCCGCUGUAUCUGGUCCCCGGCGCCGGGGCGACGCUGUUUGUCGCCGGCGGCGCCAGCGUCGACGACUUGCGGGGGGCGCUGGUGCCGGCGCUGGCGCUGGCGCCGCUGCUCGUACAGGCGCCCCCGGCGCCCCAGCUGGUGCCUCUGGGACCCAUACCCCCCAGACCACCCCUUAAUGAAGACAGCUACCUGCUGUACUCGCUGAUCCCCACUUACCCCCACGAGGACGGCGCGGCGCUGGCGCCGCCCGUGGCUGCCCCGGCGGCGGUCGACCCUUACUACAUGCCCGAGUACCAGCUGUUUCUGGCGCCCCAGGUGCCUCAGGCCUACUACGGCGGCGCCUACCCUCCGUCAGAGUGGAGCCAACCACCGCUACUGCAUCUGAUGCCGCCGGCGCCACCGGCGCCACCCCACUCGCUAAUGGCGCCGCUGGGGUUCGUGCUGCCGCUGAUGCUGUCCCAGUUCUAUAGUGGUGACCAGACGACGCCGCUCCCGACCCCAAACAAGCAAGAAGCCGUCGACUCCUACGACCACUUCACGUUCGACCCCGUCAUGGGGCCUGUGGCCACCAUCAACCCCCACCACCACCAGCCGCCGAUGGCGCCUCAAGCGCCGCAACAGGUGCCCCCACAGGCGCCACCCCAAGCGCCCGCAGCGGUGCCGCCACAAGCAGCGCCCAGCCGCACCACAGCGCUGGCCAUCGUCCACACUCCCGGCGGCCCCCGUCGCUACCGAGUCAUCAGAGGCAUGCUGGCCGGCGGCUCGCUGACCCGACCACCGAAAGUGGCGCCGGGCCACCCCGACAUGCUGUAUGUGCUUGUCGACUUGCAAAUCAACGGCGCCCUGCCCCAAGAGUUGUGCUACCCGCAGUGGCUGGAAGAAGAGAAGCUUGACCACCGCCGCAUCAUCAGAAUCGAGCGCAUCCAACAAGGAAACAAGCUCAUCGCCAACUUCUCCAUCGUCGGCGCCGCCAACGACCACCCAGUGACGCUCGCGCUGCCUGAGCCAGGAGUAGACGUCGUCGAAGUGCUGUGUCUCGAGUGCAGCGUGCGCUCGUCGGACGACCCCGAGCUGAGUGACGACGAAGACCCCCACAUCAAAAUCGAGGGCGACCGCGCCUACCAGUACUACAUCACCCUGGUGGAAGUGAUUGAGAUCGUCGAGCUCUUGAUCGGCACCCAGGCCAAGGACAGCGCCGAGCGCCGCCGCGAGCGCGGGCGGGUGCGCCUGAACUUGGUCCCCUUCUGGCUGAAGCGGCCCAUCAGCCUGAGGAUGAACGAGCCGCUGGCGCUGGCCCACCAAGGCAACCAUACCAAUCUCGACUUCCGCGUCGAACUCGCCAAGCGCAUCAUGGGCUACGAGAUCCGUAAGCCCCGCGGGUUCGAUAAAGAAGUGAGAAUCUUGCGGUGGGACAAGUUGGUGCCGGCUUUGAAGCGGGCGUUGCAGAGCUACUACACCGAGAUUCCUCCCCACGAGGCCGACCAGCUAUACGGCUAA